CCGGUGCCAGGGAAGGAGGGAGGAACCCAUCACGCCUCGGGCUCGGGCUGGGGAGGCCGCCUUCGCGCUCGCCAGGUCUUGGGUCCUUUACGGACCCUGUCAGCUGGGGCUUCUCGGUUCCUGAAGUGAGAUUGGGGCGCGCUCGGACGGCCCACUCAGAGCCGCAUCCUGGACCGCGUCCUACCCCAGAGAGCGGACGAGGUGGCGGCGAAGCCUCGGUAGGACCGCCUUGGGCCUCACGCCGAUCUCCCUGCUUGAAUAAGCCGGAUCCCAGCGCAUCCCAGGGGAGCUCUUGAAGAGGGAAGGAGCCCCAGUUUAUGUUUACGAAUUUAGCCCUCUCUAGCCCUCUCUAGUUUCGUGGUUACAAUAGAGGGUUCAUCCCCAGGUUCUGGCUUUUGAUUGCUAACUUCAGGGACAGGGGUCAGUACCUCACAGAGCAGCCUAUUUUCAUUUUGGAGCGGACUAAGAUCUUCCUCACAGAACUUUCAUCGUCUGGUGUUACUCAGAGGGACGUUAAGCCAUUCCCAAUUUGGAAGACAGCUGCCAUCUACCCUCUCACACCCUUCUUUUGGGUUUAUGCUUCCAUGACCUUACACCUGGUCCUUAGGUGGCCUUCCAUUUAAGGCCAGUCAUUCUGGUCAUUCUCUUCUGGAUUCACUCCUAUUUUCCAGAGUCUCCCAAAACUGGGUUCCUAAAAUACAUUUGUAAGUAACACGGUUCUCAAGUCAGACAGACUUGAAUUCUAAUCCAGGGCUCUGCCAACUCAAGUAUGUGACUUUGGGUAUGCAAAGAAGCCUUUUCACACAGAUGUCCUUAGAGAUAAUAUGGAUGAGUCCGGAGUUCUCCUCUGGGUGAAAGCAGAACCCUUUAUAGUGGGCGCCUUGCAGGUCCCCCCUCCAUCCAAGUUCAGUCUUCACUAUCUCAGGAAGAUAUCCACCUAUGUGCGAACCCGGGCCACAGAGGGAGGUUACCCACGCCUGUACUGGUCUACAUGGAGGCACAUUGCAUGUGGAAAGCUGCAGUUGGCUAAGGAUCUGGCCUGGCUUUACUUUGAAAUAUUUGAUAGUCUUGCAGUGAAGACACCGAAGGAGCGCCUGGAAUGGUCUGAGAUUCUGUCCAACUGCAUGUCUGAGGAUGAAGUCGAAAAGCAAAGAAAUCAGCUUUCAGUGGACACCCUACAGUUUCUGCUCUUCUUAUAUAUACAACAGUUAAACAAGGUCUCCCUGAGGACAUCUUUGAUUGGAGAAGAGUGGCCUAGUCCCAGACACAGAUCUCAGUCUCCUGACCUGACUGAAAAAUCCAGUUGUCAUAAUAAGAACUGGAAUGAUUACAGUCACCAAGCUUUUGUCUGUGAUCAUCUGUCAGAUCUCCUUGAACUGCUUGUAGAUCCAGAACAACUCACUGCAUCAUUUCAUUCAACCCAUAGUAGUCUAGUCUCUCGAGAAGCUGUUGUAGCACUCAGCUUUCUUAUUGAAGGUACAGUGAGUGGAGCCAGGAAGAUAUAUCCACUUUAUGAACUUGCACUGUGGCAACCACUACAUGCAGAAAGUGGCUUCUCAAAGACCUCUAAGGCCUUUUCUUUCUACAAGCUGGAAGCCUGGUUGAGAGCCUCUUUAACUGGGAAUCCAUUUGGUGUAUCUGCUUGCCUCAAGUCUGGGAAGAAAUUGGCUUGGGCUCACCAAGUUGAAGGGACGACCAAAAGAGCUAAGAUUGCUUGUAAUACUCAUGUGGCCCCUAGGAUGCACCGCCUGGUGGUGAUGAGCCAGGUUUACAAGCAGACAUUGGCCAAGAGCUCAGAUACUCUGGUGGGGGCACAUGUAAAGAUUCAUCGUUGCAACGAGACUUUUGUAUAUCUGCUGUCUCCCUUACGAUCUGUAACAAUUGAGAAGUGCAGGAAUAGCACCUUCAUCCUGGGCCCUGUACAGACUGCUCUUCAUCUCCACAGCUGUGACAAUGUUAAAGUCAUUGCUGUUUGCCAUCGUCUGUCCAUCUCUUCUACAACAGGUUGCAUCUUUCACAUUCUGACGCCUACACGCCCACUUAUUCUCUCUGGGAACCAGAGAGUAACUUUUGCCCCCUUUCAUACCCAUUACCCAAUGCUGGAGGACCACAUGGCCAGGACUGGCCUUGCUACAGUGCCUAACUAUUGGGAUAAUCCCAUGAUUGUGUGCAGAGAGAACAGCAGCACAAAUGUCUUCCGUCUCUUAGCACCAUGUGAAUUCUAUGUGUUUAUUAUUCCCUUUGAAAUGGAAGGGGACACAACAGAGAUACCUGGGGGUCUUCCAUCUGCAUAUCAGAAAGCACUGGGCCAAAGAGAAAAAAAGAUACAGACCUGGCAGAAAACUGUGAAGGAGGCUCGUUUGACAAAGGAUCAAAGGAAGCAGUUCCAGGUACUUGUGGAAAACAAAUUUUAUGAGUGGUUGAUUAAUACAGGACAUCGUCAGCAGCUGGACAGUCUUGUGCCCCCUGCAGCAGGCUCCAAACAAGCAGCAGGAUAAGACUUCCUCAU